CAACUGGAAAAGAAGCAUUGCAUAAGAACAGGAUGUCUCUGAAAUGGACGUCAGUCUUUCUGUUGAUACAGCUCAGUUUUUACUUUAGCUCUGGAAGUUGUGGAAAGGUGCUGGUGUGGCCCACAGAAUACAGCCAUUGGAUAAAUAUGAAGACAAUCCUGGAAGAGCUUGUUCAGAGGGGUCAUGAGGUGACUGUGUUGACAUCUUCGGCUUCUAUUCUUGUCAAUGCCAGUAAAUCAUCUGCUAUUAAAUUUGAAGUUUAUCCUACAUCUUUAACUAAAAAUGAUUUCGAAGAUUCUCUUCUGAAAAUGCUUGAUAGAUGGACAUAUGUUGUUUCAAAAACUACAUUUUGGUCAUAUUUUUCACAAUUACAAGAAUUGUGUUGGGAAUAUUAUGACUAUGAUUACAAGCUCUGUAAAGAUGCAGUUUUGAAUAAGAAACUUAUGACAAAACUACAAGAGUCAAAGUUUGAUGUCGUUCUGGCAGAUGCCCUUAAUCCCUGUGGUGAGCUACUGGCUGAGCUAUUUAACAUACCCUUUCUGUACAGUCUCCGCUUCUCUGUUGGCUACACGUUUGAGAAGCAUGGUGGAGGAUUUCUGUUCCCUCCUUCCUAUGUACCUGUUGUUAUGUCAGAAUUAAGUGAUCAAAUGACUUUCACAGAGAGGAUAAAAAAUAUGAUACAUAUGCUUUAUUUUGACUUUUGGUUUCAAAUUUAUGAUCUGAAGAAGUGGGACCAGUUUUAUAGUGAAGUUCUAGGAAGACCCACUACAUUAUUUGAGACAAUGGGGAAAGCUGAAAUGUGGCUCAUUCGAACCUAUUGGGAUUUUGAAUUUCCUCACCCAUUCUUACCAAAUGUUGAUUUUGUUGGAGGACUUCACUGUAAACCAGCCAAACCCUUGCCUAAGGAAAUGGAAGAGUUUGUGCAGAGCUCUGGAGAAAAUGGUAUUGUGGUGUUUUCUCUGGGGUCAAUGAUCAGUAACAUGUCAGAAGAAAGGGCCAACAAGAUUGCAUCAGCCCUUGCCCAGAUCCCACAAAAGGUUCUAUGGAGAUUUGAUGGCAAGAAGCCAAAUACUUUAGGUUCCAAUACUCGACUGUACAAGUGGUUACCCCAGAAUGACCUUCUUGGUCAUCCCAAAACCAAAGCUUUUAUAACUCAUGGUGGAACCAAUGGCAUCUAUGAGGCAAUCUACCAUGGGAUCCCUAUGGUGGGCAUUCCUUUGUUUGCAGAUCAACCUGAUAACAUUGUUCACAUGAAAGCCAAGGGAGCAGCCCUCAGUGUGGACAUCAGGACCAUGUCAAGUAGAGAUUUGCUCAAUGCAUUGAAGUCAGUCAUUAAUGACCCUAUCUAUAAAGAGAAUGCUAUGAAAUUAUCAAGAAUUCAUCAUGAUCAACCAAUGAAGCCCCUGGAUAGAGCAGUCUUCUGGAUUGAGUUUGUCAUGCGCCACAAAGGAGCCAAGCACCUUCGGGUCGCAGCUCACAACCUCACCUGGAUCCAGUACCACUCUUUGGAUGUGAUAGCAUUCCUGCUGACCUGCGUGGCAACUGUGAUAUUUAUCAUCACAAAAUGUUGCCUGUUUUGUUUCCGAAAGCUUGCCAAAACAGGAAAGAAGAAGAAAAGGGAUUAGUUAUAUCAAAAGCCUGAAGUGGAAUGACCGAAAGAUGGGACUCCUCCUUUAUUCCAGCAUGGAGGGUUUAAAUGGAGUAUUUCCUUUUUCCUGUGACAAAAUGUCUUUUCACAACUUACCCUGUUAAGUCAAAAUUUAUUUUCCAGGGAUUUAAUAUGUACUUUAGUUGGAAUUAUUCUAUGUCAAUGAUUUUUAAGCUAUGAAAAAUAACAAUGGGGGGAGGGAUAGCAUUUGGAGAUAUACCUAAUGUUAAAUGAUGAGUUACUGGGUGCAACACACCAACAUGGAACAUGUAUACAUAUGUAACUAACCUGCACAUUGUGCACAUGUACACUAAAACUUAAAGUAUAAUAAAAAAAAGAAAGCAAAAAAAAAAACCAACUCAUUUUUUUUUAAACCUAGAAGGAAAAUGUGAGAACGGAAACAACUUUUACUAUUUAAUUUGAAAAUAAAGUGUCAUCCAAGCCAUAAAAAAAAAGAAAAGAAAAAUAAAAAUAACAUAAAACCUUA